AUGUCUACACAAUUAACCAAGUCUCUCAGAGGAUUGCAAGUUGGCAAUGCUAAUGAUAUUGAUACUACUUUAUUUUGUGCAAUAUGUAACCUCUUAUUGCACAAACCAAUACAACUUCUAUGUUGUGGUACUCGUCUAUGUCGAUGGUGUUCGAAAAAGAACUUGUCAGAUAGUGAACCAUUCGUUUGCCCAUUUUGUCAAACAAAACUACCUCAAAAGCAGGAACAUGCUGAUCGAGGUGCGGAACGAGAACUAAACAGAGUUAUGACUGUAUGUUAUUCAUGUUCUUGGACUGGAUCAUAUAAAGAUUAUCUAGAUCACUUACAAGAAUAUCAUGCGAAUAUUGAAUGUGCUAAUUGUCAUGAACAUUUUUUCUCAAUAAACUCAAUGGAAGAACAUGCAGAAGAGAUAUGUGAAUAUCGAUGUGUACAAUGUAAAUUACCAAGUUGCAAUGAACUAGUGAAAUGGCGUGAUAUGCAGACACAUAAUUUAAGUAAUCAACAUCAGAUUGCAUUACUUGAAUUUGUAGUACAAUAUUCUCGUCAAGGAAACCAACGAUCGCAUAAUAUAGUUGAAGAAUUACGUAACAUUCUACAAAAUAUUGCUAAUCUGUCUCCUACAACAGAAAAGGUGACAAAUGACUGUAUACGAUUGAGGGCGGAGUAUAAUGAAGCAAAAGUCACUGGUGAACGAAUAAUAUCACAAAUCAACGAAACAGCUAAAAGAACUAAUGAAUGUGCUGAAAAAAUUAUUCAAUAUGAACAAUCACAAAAUGCAACUUUCAAAGACUUAAAUGAUGUGAUAAAUGCAUCUAAAAUUAUUACAACAAAACUAUUGGAUAUUAAUAGUACUGUCAUUUUUCCUUUUCAUCUAGAUCAAACUGAUAUAAACUCACUAUUUUCAAUGUACUCAACACUAUUUAAAACAACACAAGUUGGUUAUUCAUUUAUUCUUCGUGUAUGUUCAACUAAAGAUUCAGCAAAUCAGAAUCAACAAUAUUUAUCAGUAUUUAUUUCAUUAGUUCGUGGAGAAUUUGAUCAACUUCUUGUUUUUCCAUUUCCAUACACUAUCUUCUUAUAUUUAUGUGAUCAAUCUGGACAAGGAAAUCAUAUAAUAUCAGCAAUCAAGCCUGAUUCGAAUGAAUCGGCACUUAGUCGUCCAUUAAGUGAAAAGAAUGAUGAAAUUGGUGUGCUGAACUUUUGUCCAUUAAGUUAUCUUAAUGAAACAGGAAAUACUUAUUUGAAAGAUAAUGUUUUUUUUAUUGGAGUUUUUAUUGAUUUCCUGAAUACAGGAUCGAUUCCCGUGGGUUGA